AUGAACGAUACAUUUAAAAAAAACGUAAAUCUAUAUGAAGAAGCAGUAUCUCAAAUCCAAAAUAUAAACCAAAAAGUUUUAAAAUUAUUAAAAAACGAUUAAACAGUAGUAAUUUCAAAUGCAGAAUUUAUGCCAUGUUAUAAUGCUGUAUUAUAAGCAUGUGACUGUAGUUAAGAUCCUUCAAACAUAAACUAAAGUCAAAUAUAGAAUAAUGAGGAACUAUUAUUUAAUUAUUACAUAUAAUUAAUUAAGAAUUAUUUAAAUACAAAUCUAAUUGAAUGUUAAUCAAUAAAUGAUCAAGAAGUAUAUGUUGACACAGUUCAUUACUAAUAUAAAAACUUUUAGAUUUAUUUGCAUUGGUUGCAUAAGCUAUUUUAUUAUUUAGAUAAUUUUUAUUUGAAAAAUAAAAAUACGAACUUACAUUCGGAAGGGUUUAAAAAUUACAGAGAAGAUUAUUUUAAUAUAAUAAAUAAAAAACUAUUUAAGACUAUAGUACAUUUUCAAAUUUUUUUAAGAGAAGACUAGACCAUUCCAAGGGAAAAAGUAAAAAAACUCAUCAAAAUAUAUAAUGAAGUAGGUUUUAAAAAAACAGCUAAAUUAACUAGAAUAGCAAAUACUUACGAUUAUGUUUUUGAAAUAGAUGAUAGUAAAAAAUACUAUGAAGAAAAUUUCUAAAAUCCGUUUGCAGAUGAAAUGGAAAUUUAUUAUUAAAAAAAAAUCAAUGAAUGGGCUGUUUUAAGUACCCCUGAAUAUGUCUAAGAAGCUUUGAACUCUUUUUAAAAAGAAGAAGAUAUAGCCUCUUAAUAUUACCAUAAUUCUUCUAGAAUAAUCAUAAACAGAAUUGAAUAAAUAGUAAUUUAACAACAAAGCGAAUAACUUGUAAAUAAUGAAUAAACUGGACUAGCAGUCAUGUUCAAAGAAAAAAAAGAACAAGAAAUGUAAAACCUAUAUAAACUCUUUUAAAGAGUAAAAGAGACACUAGAGCAUAUAGCCAAAAAAAUAACUAUAUAUAUACAAUUUCAUGGACAAUCCUAUAAUGAUUUAACUGAAUAAAGAAAAAACGAAAAUUAAACGCAAAAGGACAUAGCUAUAGAAUAUAUAGAAAAAGUAUUCUAAUUAAAAAAAGAAUGCGAUCAUUUAAUUUAGGAUAUAUUUAGUAAUAACAUAUUACUAUAAAAAGCUAGAGAUUCAGCAUUUUAAUAUUUCCUUAAUAAAUGUGACAAAAGCACUUUCUUUUUAGCCACACACGCAGACGUUAUUUUAAAAACCGAAAACUUAUAAAAUGAUUAAGAAAUAGAAGAAAAGCUAUCCUAAAUUGCUAAAAUAUUCGUAUAUUUUUACUCCAGAGAUACUUUUUUUAAACAUUAUUAAAAAUUUUUCUCUAAUAGACUUUUAAAUUCAACUUCUAGGAAUAAAGAAGCCGAAAAGCAAUUGAUUUCUAAAUUUAAAACUGAAGCAGGCUAAGCUGGUGUAAAUAAGAUCGAAACAAUGUUAAAAGAUAUCAAUAAUAGUGAGGAGUUUCAUCAAGAAAUAAAGAAGCAACUUUCUUAAUAUUAAGUAGAAUUAUUUGCGAAUGUACUCACUACAGGAAGUUGGCCUCUAUAAAAAAUUCAAGAUAAUUGUGAAAUUCCUGAAUAACUAUAAGAUAUGGUUAAUAAAUUUAAAUAAAUAUAUAAGGAUAAGUAUAAAGGAAGAAAUAUAAAUUGGCUUUUUAGCUAAGGUACAGCAGAAAUAUCAUUUAAAACCUAAAAAGAAAAGUAUAUAUUAAUUGUAAGUACUUAUUAAAUGAUAGCUUUAUAAAAACUAUAAGCAUAGGGCAAUUCUGUGACUUUUUAGAAGCUUUUAUAGGUAUCAGGCAUUGAAAAUUCGGAACUACAAAAUGCAAUUAUUCCUUUUGUGAAAUUAAAAAUUUUAAAUUGUUAAGGAAUAAAAAAUGACGUUUUCGAAGAAAAUAACGAAAUUGAAAUAAACGUGAAUUUUGCUUUUAAACAAAAAAGAAUUAGAUGUAUACCUGGAGGAAAAUAAGGACAAAUAAAAAAAUAAAAAGAAGAAGAAAUGGGAAAAUAAUAAUUCUAAGAAGAAGUUUCAAAAGAAAGAGAAUAUAUUUUAGACGCAUGUAUUGUUAGAGUUAUGAAAAGUAGAAAAAUUAUGAAACAUAAUGAGUUAAUUCCCGAAGUUAUUAAAUUGGUUAAUAAUUUCAAGCCGGAAAUUCCAGUUAUUAAAAGAAGAAUCGAAUCUUUAAUAGAAAGGGAUUAUAUAAAAAGGGAUUAAUAUGAUAAGAAUUCUUUUCAUUAUGUGCCUUGAGAUAUUAUUGACUUUAAAAAGA